GCUGCUGUCAGUAGCAGUGUUUGUCCAGUAGCGCAGGCUGGCGGGGCUCUGACCGAGCAGGGCGGCUGUAGGUACCGGUAGCGCUGCUGUGGAGACCCGGGGAGGAGUGAGAGCGAUAUAUUGUGAGCGGCAGCGGCGGCUGCAUUGGGUUGGUGUGACUGUUCGGGAGUUGAGUGAGUGUGAGGACCGGUGGCUGCACUGCAGGGGGAGCACCGCCAACAGAAGAGCCCGAAGAGAGGCACCGAGGGUCGGCGAGAGGAGCCGAAGUGAGGCGGGCUGGGCUUGGUCAGAUGGAGGCUCGGAAGGAGCCAGGCGGCACGGCCCAGGCUGACCGGCCACAAGAUUAGCUAGCUACAGCUAGCUAGCUAAGCUAGUUAGCUAACGACACAUCUGCCGCUUUCAUGAGCAUCGCUUUAGUUAGCUAGCAUAGCUAACUUAGCGCUAGUUAGCUAACCAAGCUAACUGUUAUUCCCCCAGCCAGGGCGCUCGCUUUCCCGCGUAGCUCUGCUGUUGUGACCGCAGCGCCUAGCUAACCUAACUAGCCCUGUUUUUGUUUGUUUGAGCUAGUUGAAUAGGUUAUAACUGGGCUAGCUACUUUUGUUUAUUCAGUCAUAUUCAGUUUCUCAAAUUGUAUUGGCUUGUUAUUUCUUUUUUGUAAAAUGACUUGUAGGAGUUUUCAUUUGUAUAAUUUGCACUAGAACAAAAGUUAAUAUAUAUAUAUAUUAAUUUGGAGCUUCAGCUAAAUAACUAGUUAGCGACUUUUACUCCAGAGCUUUUGUCACAUUUCCUCCGCUGCCCUGCUGUUUCUGUUACUAGCAGGAGCCACACGAACAGCCUUGCCCCCCUCUGAGCGCUUUGCUACAAAACUAGCUACAAAGCCAUGGAGGAAAAUGACAACAUGGACUAUUUUUACCAGCAAGUUUUGCAGAAGGACGUGAGCCGGCGGCUGCAGGUCGGCCCGGACCUAAUUGACUACCUCAGUGACCCGCAGAGGUCCGCGGACGUGGAUCAGGACAAAUCCCGGCUGGAUAAAACCAUAGAUGAGCUGACCGGGUGGGUCAAUUCGAGCAACUUUAAGGUUGCUUUGCUGGGGAUCGAUAUCGUCAGUGCGUUUGUCGAUCGAAUGAGCGAACGCUUCAGAGGAUAUGUGGGCACAGUGGUUCCUGCGUUAGUGGAUCGUCUGGGUGAUGGGAAGGAUCAGGUUCGAGAUCAGGCGCAGGCGCUCAUUCUCAAACUGAUGGAACAGGCAGCCACUCCCAUGUACGUUUGGGAGAGGUUGUUCUCUGGCUUUAAACACAAGAACUUCCGCAGCAGAGAGGGCCUGUGUUUGUGCCUGGUCGCCACACUCAACGCGUAUGGUGCCCAACCACUGAGUCUGAGUAAAUUUGUGCCUCAUUUGUGCACACUAACAGGAGACCAGAACCCCCAGGUGCGGGAGUCUGCCAUAUCAGCCCUGGUGGAGGUGUAUCGACAUGUAGGAGAGCGAGUGAGAGCAGAUCUAAGCAAGAGAGGACUACCAGCUGCACGGUUGCAGACUAUUUUGAGCCGGUUUGAUGAAGUGUUGAAUUCUGGGAACAUGGCUCUCAGCCUCAGUCAAGAUCGCAGCUUCGAUGACGAUGACUCGGUGGACGGAAGCCGGCCCUCCUCGGCUCAGGCAACUUUCAGAGUGCCGAAAGUGCCGAAGAAACCUGCGGAGUCGGCCAGCAGCUCCAGGAGACCCAGCGCUACAGGAGCUGCCAAAACGGGUGGGUCCAAAGAGGGAGCUGGAGCUGUGGAUGAAGAGGACUUCAUUAAAGCAUUCACAGAUGUUCCCACUGUUCAGAUUUACUCCACGCGGGAUCUGGAGGAUAAUCUGAACAAGAUCCGAGAGAUUUGCUCUGAUGAUAAACAUGACUGGGAUCAGAGAGCUAUUGCUAUGAAGAAGAUCCGCUCUCUUCUGGUCGCCGGGGCGAACAACUACGACUGCUUCUUUCAGCACCUGCGGCUGCUGGAUGGAGCGUUUAAGCUGUCAGCUAAAGACCUGCGCUCGCAGGUGGUGCGAGAGGCCUGCAUCACUGUGGCACACCUCUCCACAGUGUUGGGGAAUAAGUUUGAUCAUGGAGCAGAGGCCAUUGUACCUGUGCUGUUCAACCUCAUCCCCAACUGUGCCAAAGUGAUGGCCUCUUCCGGCACGGCAGCUAUUCGCAUCAUUAUACGGCACACACACGUGCCGCGGCUGAUUCCUCUUAUCACGGGGAACUGCACGUCAAAGUCUGUGUCUGUGAGAAGACGCUGUUAUGAAUUCCUGGACCUGCUGCUGCAGGAGUGGCAGACACACUCUCUAGAGAGGCAUGCUGCAGUUUUGGUGGAUAGCAUAAAGAAGGGUAUCAGAGACGCAGACUCAGAGGCUCGAGUGGAGGCCAGAAAGGCAUACUGGGGGCUGCGGGCACACUUCCCCGUCGAGGCGGAGUCUCUAUAUAACUCAUUAGAAUCAUCAUAUCAGAGGACGCUCCAGUCGUGUCUAAAGAGCUCGGGCAGCGUCGCCUCACUGCCACAGUCUGACCGCUCUUCUUCCAGCUCUCAGGAGAGCCUUAAUCGUCCAUUGUCUUCAAAGUGGUCAGCUGCUCCAGGCAGAGUUCCAGCCAGCUCCAAGUCAUCAGGAUCCCCAGGCUCUCUACAGCGCUCUCGGAGUGAUGUGGACGUGAAUGCAGCUGCUGGCGCUAAGGCAAGACACAGCGGGCAGACAGGAGGGGCCGGACGCCUCACUACAGCACUGCCCCCGGGCUCAUGCGCCUCACUAGAUGAUUCUUCUGAUAAGGAUGGACGACUACGCACCAAGCAGCCGCUGUCAACACCAUCAGGAGUGGGAAGCAGUCAGGUGGACUCCAGAGGGCGGAGCCGAACAAAGAUGGUUUCACAGUCCCAGCGUUCCGACGAUUCAGAUUGCACGCCAGGAUCUCAGUCUGCUACCCCUGUUGGUGCGGGAUCUCGUUCUGGAUCUCCAGGCCGCGUGCUGGCGACCACAGCUUUGAGCACACUCAGCACAGGUGCACAGCGUGUGAGUGCAGCUCCAGGCUCCCAUCGUCGCAGCAGGAUCCCCCGCAGUCAGGGCUGCAGCCGGGACUCCAGCCCCACACGCCUGUCUGUGGCGCCGUCAAACAUCGGCCACAUGUACAAUGGAGCUAAAGGAGCACGGGGUAGUCGUAUACCGCGGCCUAGUGUGAGUCAGGGCUGCAGUCGCGAGGCCAGUCGAGAGAGCAGCAGAGACACCAGCCCUGUGCGUUCCUUCACGCCGCUUGCUUCACGGCACUACUCUCGCUCUACUGGUACUCUCCACGCCUCAGAUGCCUUUGGGGCAGCAGGGUCGAGUCUGGGGAUGUCUCAGUCCAGUCGUCUUUCUUCCUCUGUCAGUGCCAUGAGAGUAUUAAACACGGGGUCAGACGUAGAGGAGGCCCUCGCUGAUGCACUGCUUUUAGGAGAUAUGCGGAGCAAGAAGAAGCCAGCCCGGCGGCGGUACGAGAACUACAGCAUGUGCUCUGACGAUGAUGCGAACAGUGAUGCAUCGAGUGCGUGCUCGGAGCGCUCAUACAGCUCCCGCAACGGAAGCAUUCCCACGUACAUGCGUCAGACUGAGGAUGUGGCCGAAGUGCUCAACCGCUGUGCCUCCGCCAACUGGUCUGAGAGGAAAGAGGGGCUGAUGGGGCUGCAGACUUUGCUGAAGAACCAGCGCACUCUCAGUCGGGUCGAGCUCAAGCGAUUGUGUGAAAUUUUCACCAGGAUGUUUGCAGAUCCACACAGCAAGCGUGAGUCCAGAGGCUUCGGCACGGCAGAAUCCGGUAUCAGUUCCGCCUCCUUCAAGGUGUUCAGCAUGUUCCUGGAGACUCUGGUGGACUUUAUAAUGGUACAUAAAGAGGAUCUGCAGGACUGGCUGUUUGUACUGCUCACACAGCUGCUGAAGAAGAUGGGUGCAGACCUGCUCGGCUCAGUACAAGCCAAAGUACAGAAAGCUCUUGAUGUCACAAGGGAAUCUUUUCCUAACGAUCUGCAGUUUACCAUUCUCAUGAGGUUCACCGUAGACCAAACACAGACACCCAACUUGAAGGUGAAAGUUGCCAUCCUGAAGUACAUUGAGACCCUGACGCUACAGAUGGAGCCACAGGACUUUGUGAACUCCAGUGAAACCAGACUGGCAGUCUCCCGCAUCAUCACAUGGACCACAGAACCCAAGAGCUCUGAUGUUAGGAAGGCAGCCCAGUCUGUACUGAUUGCACUGUUCCAGCUGAACACACCAGAGUUCACCAUGCUUCUUGGCGCACUACCUAAAACCUUCCAAGAUGGAGCCACCAAACUCCUACAGAAUCACCUGCGCAACACAGGCAAUGUAGCACAGGCCACCGUGGGAAGCCCUCUAACACGACACACACAAAGAUCACCAGCCAGUUGGUCCAGCCCACUAACCUCCCCGACCAGCACGUCACAGAACGCACCCUCACCUAAUGCUUUUGAUUAUGACACAGAGAAUAUGAACUCUGAGGAGAUCUACAGUUCUCUUCGGGGGGUUAGCCAAGCCAUCCAGAACUUCAGUGUCCGUAGCCAAGAGGACAUGACUGAACCACCGCGCAAAAGAGAGGGCGAUGGAGGAGAAGAGGGCGGUACUGAUGCUACAGAUUCUGGCCGGACGGCUCUGGAUAACAAAACCUCUCUCCUGAAUACUAUGCCCCUCCUCUCCUCCAGUCCCCGCCCCACAAGAGAGUACCAACCAGGCGGUUACUCUGACUCUUCCUUUGGGUCCUCCCCUUUCAGUAAAAGCAUGAAAGAUGCACUGGACCAAGAUGCAGAGUCCCUUACAGACGACAGUGGUGUGGACCAGUCGGAGGUGGUGGCUGAGCUGCUUAAGGAGCUCUCCAAUCACAGUGAGCGGGUAGAGGAGCGGAAAGCAGCACUGUGUGAGCUCAUGCGGCUCAUCAGGGAAACACAGCUACAUGUCUGGGAUGAACACUUCAAAACCAUCCUUCUGCUGCUACUGGAAACUCUGGGAGAUGGAGAGCAUGUGAUCCGUGCUUUGGCACUGCGAGUGCUGAAAGAGAUUCUGAACAGGCAGCCAUGGCGCUUUAAAAACUAUGCAGAACUCACCAUCAUGAAGACCUUGGAAGCACAUAAAGAUCCACACAAGGAGGUGGUCCGGGCAGCAGAGGAGGCAGCUGCUAUGCUGGCGAGCUCCAUAAGCCCAGAGCAGUGCAUUAAGGUGCUGUGCCCCAUCAUCCAGUCUGCAGACUACCCCAUCAACCUGGCUGCAAUCAAGAUGCUGACCAAAGUCAUUGAACGCCUGUCCAAGGACGGCCUGCUCCAGAUGCUCCCUGAGAUUGUCCCUGGGCUCAUACAGGGUUAUGAUAACUCUGAGAGCAGUGUACGAAAAGCCUGUGUGUUCUGCCUGGUGGCUAUCUAUGCCAUUAUUGGAGAGGAUCUCAAACCUCACCUCAGCCAACUGUCAGGCAGCAAGCUGAAGCUGUUGAACCUGUAUAUAAAGCGUGCUCAGAGCGGCUCCAGUGGAAGUGACCCCUCAGACAUGGGAGGUCAAGGCCUGUAGCUUCGCCCACAGGACUCACUCACAGGACUUUAUGAGGGCAGGCUUUUUAACAUGCAUAUAGAACACUCCGACUGCUAUACACUCACACAGGCUUGCAGUCGCGCACACUCUCACAUGUAUGGACCUACACUGCUGGACUCCAUCCCUUGCCUUCUUCACUCGACCCUCCAGCUGCAGUCUAAAGCCAUGUGGGGCAGCACUGACUCGUCUAAAACACUUCCUGCCGAACAGAAUUCAGCUCAUGUGUUUCUGUGUGCCUGAGUGUGUAUGUGUGUGUGUUUCUUUGUGGAAGCUCCAUCUGUGACGCUGGUGGUGAGCUUUGUAGAGCUUGACUGACAACGGAAGGGAUUGUGUGUAUGCGUUUGAGUGUGUGUGUGUGUGUGUGUGUGUGUGUGUGUGUGAGAGAGUUCAGUUACCUGUGGAAAUCCCAGCAGUGAGAUAAGGGGGAGAGAGAAGAGGCUUUGGGUGUCAUUCCGCAAUAUCAAGGUCAUUUCUUUUGUACUUCAGAAUCUGAGCAAGAAUAUCAUUAACCCUGACGGCUCCUUAUGGAUUAUUAAUGGUCAUAUCACUUCAUAACACUGAGCAGUUGUUUCAGCUUGCUCUAUUAUAUGGCAUAUUUUGCUUGGCUAUAUGCAUGUCAUGAUUAAAAACACAACCUUUUUAUCUGGCAGCCUACAGGGCUUAACCGGGUCCCAUUCUCAUGCCCCAGAUGUGUCGCGGUCGUUCUGUGAAGCCAGAUGUGACUGAUUACAUAGGCAAUAUGUAUCUCUAUAAUAACACAGCAGGAGUAUUGGAGAAGGUUUUGUGUUGCUCGGAGGACGCGUGGAUUCUUUUCAGUAGCAUAGUGUCAUUCUUCUCCGAUGGGAAAUUUGUAGAAAUGUAUUUAUGCAUUUAAAUGGCAAAACUGUUGUCUUUCUCCUCCCUGUAGUCUCUCUUUCUCCCCUUGUGAGGAAAUUCUUUCCUCUGUCAUUUCCCCACUGCAUUUCUAGAGCUAUGCUAACAGUGAAAUAAAAUAAAGAAAAAUGUACAGACAUAAACAAA